AGUUUCUGUUAUCAUGUGCUCUGUUUCUCCUUCAAUUUCCCCCUCAUUCUCUCCUAUACAGUAUUUGCUCUGAUUUUGUUUCAAUAAUGGGUUUUCCAACUUUAAUUUUGUCAUCUGAUAUGCUUCUUUUGAAAAUUGGGUCUUCAUAGAUCUGCCAAAGGUCAUUGCCUUUUACUACUAGAGAUCCUUCGUGUGUAUACUUUCCGUUUCUCAGCAGAGAGGUUUGUCUUACUGUCGAGGAGUGAAAACGAGGCCCUCGUUUAAUGAUUGCUGUUUUAUGAGUUACCCCUAGUGUGCUUUGAUUCAAUCUGUUGAGUUGAGUUACAUCGAAGAAAAAGACUGUUUCUCGAUGCAAGCAGCACAACGCCUCAGGAGAACGGGCAUGUCUAACGUGUUAUGCUAUCAGCCCGUGCAAAAGGCUGAGCCUUACCAGCUGAGCUACGAUAACACAAAUGGAGCUAGCUCUGUUCAUGCUUCUCGUAACCUUUAUUGCACUCUCGAAUCAUCCUCGGUGGGCGAGAGUCGUGCUCUAUACAACUCACCAUCAGCUGUCUAUUUCUCGACCGAUGGAAGCCCGAUGUCCCAGCAGGAUUCUUGUUCAUACCCAUUGGACAACAACUAUGGUUCCCCUAUUAGCGGGUCUUGCAUUACAGAUGAUAUGAAUAGUUUCAUCCACAAACUAAAGGAAUUAGAGACGGUAAUGCUUGGACCUGAUUCAGAUAUUCUGGGGAGCUACGAUAACACCUUCCCGAGCAGUAUAGCGUCCCCCGAAAUAGACAGCUGGAGACAAAUGAUGGAGGCGAUGCCCCGAGGGGAUUUGAAACAGGUGCUUAUUCCUUGUGCAAAGGCGGUCUCGGAUAAUGAUUUGCUGACAGCACAGUGGUUGAUGUCUGAGCUCCGGCAAAUGGUAUCUGUAUCGGGCGAACCAAUCCAACGCCUGGGAGCAUACAUGUUGGAAGGGCUCGUUGCUCGGUUAGCUGCAUCGGGGAGCUCCAUCUACAAAUCCUUGCGGUGCAAGGAGCCAACGAGUUUCGAGCUGCUUUCUUAUAUGCAUAUCCUGUACGAGGUUUGCCCUUACUUCAAAUUCGGUUACAUGUCAGCUAACGGUGCCAUUGCUGAAGCAAUGAAGGAUGAAAAUAGGGUUCACAUCAUAGACUUCCAAAUCAAUCAAGGCAGCCAGUGGAUUACUCUAAUCCAAGCUUUUGCUGCUCGCCCUGGCGGUCCACCCCAUAUUCGAAUAACAGGUAUAGAUGACUCGAGUUUAUCUAAUGCACAUAGUGGAGGAUUGAGUCUUGUAGGUAAAAGGCUAUCUAAACUCGCGGAGUCCUUCAACGUGCCCUUCGAAUUCCAUGCUGCAGCCAUACCGGGCAGUGACAUUCACCUCGAAAACCUGGGAAUUCAACCCGGGGAAGCACUGGCUGUUAACUUUGCCUAUAUGCUGCACCACAUACCAGACGAGAGCGUGAGCACUCAAAAUCACCGGGACGAGCUAUUGAGGCUCGUGAAGAGCCUGAACCCCAAGGUGGUUACUCUCGUAGAGCAAGAGUCUAAUACCAACACUUCUGCAUUCUUCCCCCGAUUCCUCGAAACCUUAGACUACUACACUGCAAUGUUUGAGUCAAUUGAUGUCACUCUCCCUAGGGACCAUAAGGAGCGGAUCAACGUGGAGCAGCACUGUCUGGCAAGAGACGUGGUGAACAUUAUAGCGUGCGAAGGAAUCGAAAGGGUGGAGCGACACGAGCUGCUCGGGAAGUGGAAGUCUCGGUUCAGAAUGGCCGGUUUUAGCCCGUACCCCUUGAGUUCGGUGGUGAAUGCCACAAUCAAGAAACUGUUGGAAAGCUAUUCUGACAAAUACAGGCUUGAAGAGAGAAAUGGAGCCCUUUAUCUUGGUUGGAUGAACAGAGAUUUAGUUGCUUCCUGUGCCUGGAAGUGAACACCAUCAACCCUGUUUUCUGUGUCUCUUUUUCUGCCUCCCCUACCCCCUCAACCCUCUGUAAUGGGUAAUGUUCAUAAUCAUUAAAACAAUGGGUUUCUUGGCACUGUAUUCUGCUUCAUCAAUCAAGUUAAAAUUUCAAUUCUUUCUCUGGUACCAA